CACUGGCCACCUCAGCCAGGCCAGUAUAGUUUCGUCAUUUACCAUCUAUCCAGAAGCUUCUCAUCUCCGAUAUCUCACGUCCCGGUUUCUGGUUAAAUAUAAGCCUCUCGCCCUCUUCACAACUUAAAAGAAGUUAUCCUGCGCUUUUGAAUAGGUUUCUCCCGGAGAUCGCUGAAUCGUUGGACGUGGAUCGCUUGCUUUCCUGGCCACGAUGUCUUACUCUAAGAGAUCAACUUAUUCUCGCUCGCCGUCGCCGUACAAGAGAUACGGCAGAUCUGUGUCCAGGUCUUUGUCAAGGUCAAGAAGCCGAUCAAGUGUGGUUCGCAGGAGCCCUUCAGUGGAGAACCCUGGCAACAAUCUCUAUGUGACAGGCUUGUCGCCUCGUAUCACAAAGAGAGACCUUGAGAAGCACUUCUCCACUGAAGGAAAGGUGACUGAUGUUCAUCUCGUUGUUGAUCCAUGGACGAGGGAUUCUCGUGGUUUUGGGUUUAUAACGAUGUCUACAGUUGAGGAAGCUGAGCGCUGCCUUAAGUAUUUGAUCGAUCAGUGCUUGAAGGUCGUGUGAUAACAGUGGAGAAGCUUUUGUGCCAACAGGUUAGCUGUGUGUAGCAGCUCUUCUCCAAAUUCAAAUAGCACAACUAAACACAAAUCAAACACAACAACAAUGUCAGACUGUGUUAGGGUUGUAUGCCCUUAAUUUCUCUCCUCAUUUUGGCGCUUUAGCUUAUCUGUUUUUUCGUUUAUUCUGUAAAUUUUUAGAAGAGACAUUAUUGGGGGAGGGGGAAGAAAGGCCCUUCUCCUUCAUUAUUCUCGCUGUGUAUGUGUGUAUUGCUAAUUUCGUCACUCAUUUGUCAUGGUAACUAAUUGCAGGCAAAGAGGCGGAGAGGCAGAACUCCUACUCCUGGAAGGUAUCUGGGACUUCGCACAGUGCAUGUGCGAAGGAGAACCAUUAGCACCUCACCUCCUCGUCGGUCCCCAAGUUAUUCUCCUUAUCCGAGAAGCAGAAGCAGAAGCAGGUCUACAUCUUAUUCAUCUGAUCGCAGUAGGAGCAGAUCUUAUUAUCGUCGCCACAGCAGGGUUCGAAGAUCGUAUUCUCGAUCUCCUGGUUAUUAUUACAGGCGCAGGAGAUCCUACUCUCGUUCACCACCAGUGUAUUACUAUGCACGCAGAAGAUCUUACUCAAGAUCUCCAUCACAUUACAGUAGGUCCUCCGUCAGGAGACGGGACAGAUCUUACACACCUUAUGAUUCACGAUAUAGCUCACCAGAUGAUCGGUAUGAAAGAAGAAGACGAGGACACUCUCGCUAUGUUUCUGAGAGGGAGAGGAGUUCAAGGAGAAACUAUACAAGCAGCGUCUCCCGCAGCCCAAUAAGGCGAUCCAGAAGGGAACAUUAUUCUCUAAGUAUUUCUAGAAGCCCGAGAAGGUACUCAUACUCGAGGAGGAGGAGCUACUCCCCAAGUGUUUCACCGGCAGCAAGGAGGAGCUCGAGGAAAAGUGUAUCAUCCGAGAGUUCCAGUUUGUCUUCGGAAGGUAGUUAUGGCCGAGAUAGGAGUUCCAACACUUCUAGUCUGGCUGCUAGUUCUAGAUCGGUUUCUAGGUCAGUGACCCCCAGUUCUACUCCAUCGUCUUGAGGACAAGUGGAAGUUUAGCUUAUUGGUGUGGUGAUGUUUUUUGUUUUGUGAGAACUUGGGACUGCUUUGCUAAGGAGUAUUGCUGCUUGCCUGUUUAUGAUAAUAAAAUGCAUAUGAUUCCUUGUUGGGGUCAUAUAUUGGUGCAUAGUU